AUGUUGCGGCUGGUGCGCCUCAUGUGGCUCCUGACCUUGCCGCUGCUCCUGCUGGCUGGCAAGGAUCCUGAGAAGGAGCCUGACGGCCCGCCAAGCUUGCCGUCUACGUUCGGUGAGCUCUGGCAGGUUCUAUGGCGCGCCGGGGUACGGCCGCACAAUGUGCCACCAGUCGCCCCCGUGCCCCCGACAGUGCCGCCCAUGACGCCGCCGACAGCGAUGCCAACCCCAGUGGCACCUGUGGCGCCCAUGACGACACCGGCAGCGAUGCCAACGCCACUGCAACCUGUGGCGCCCAUGAUGAUGCCGCCGCCCACGGCGCCAACAAUGCCAGUGGGAAGUGUGCCCAUGGGAAGUGUGCCCAUGGGCCCGAUGGCUCCAAUGGGCUUACAGCCGCCGAUGCCAAUGGCGCCGGCAAUGGGAGUGUCUCCGCCAUGGAGGGCGCAUGCGGCUGCCACGCCUGCUGGCAAUGGCACAGCCACCAGGCCCAUUGAGGUGCCGGACGAUGAGAGCAAAAACCCAAAGAAUGGGAAAGGUGCCAGUGCUAACCCAACCUUGGGUCUCAGGCGUUGCAAGGUCUGCAACGAGAUGGCGUACUCUGCCCGUGGGGACCUCUACAAAGCCCACUUCGAAGCCAAGUGGCCACAGCACCACAGAGGAAGCCGUGGAAAGAAGAGACCUGUCUGGCUCGAAAAGAAGAAGCAAGAGAAGAAGGGCCGCUGGAACACCGAAGAGGACGCAGAGGACGAGUGGGCCGACUGGACGGACUGGCACUCAGGGCCAACAAGUGAGCGCAGGGACGAUGACUGGAAGUCAUGGCAGGACUGGGGGAGCGGCAAUGGCCAAGGUCGUUGGACCUGGGCGUGGGUGUGCUAA